GGCGGGGGACGCGCCGCCACGUUGUCUCUUCCUUCUUUUCGCCCCCUUCCCCAGCUCUGGGCCUCGCUGAAGUAGCCUCGGAGUCCCGGCUCGAGCUGGGCGGGAAGGCGCGGUGGCCCGCGUCGUCGCCCGCCUGCCCCCGCGCCCUCCCUGCCUGGCCGCGCCCCUGCGACCAGGUGACCCAAUGACAACAGAAAAUGAAAGGCAUUAAGAAAAGUCCUGCAGAGGAAUCUCUGUACCUGGAGUACUCUCACCAGACAGAAGGAUGCAUCUUUCCUCUCCAUACAUCUGUAACGUUGUUUUUAUUAUCAUACUGUGAAUGCAAGGUCUUUAACGUUUGCUUAGUCCUUCCUGGAGAAAGUACAGAUUCUUCAGAUACUUCAUUCCUAAAAGAGGCACUGCCCCAGGACCUGGAAAUACAGGUUAUCUCAAAGCAGGCGCUCCCUCCAAUCGUCCAGAGUUGCUGUUUGCCUGCGGUGGUAGAUCACCCUGAUGUUUUCUGUAGAGCAGGACUUGCUGUUGUCCUAAGACACAUAAUCCAAAAGUCCUAUGAAGCUGAGCCCUCAAGAAAGGAAAUUUUGGAACUUCUGGGUUUUAAAAAGACUUGUUUGAAAGCCUGUGCUGAAGUUAGUCAGUGGACCAGGCUCUGUGAACUCACCAUCCCUUUGGCUGUUGAGAAUUUUCUCCAAGAGUCCUCUGAACAUCCCCCGACUAUCCCUGAAGAAAUCCUAGAGCUCGAGAGGAAGCUCAGCGAGCCUGUCAGAGUACACAAUGAUGACAAACUCCGGAGACAGAAGCUGAAACAACAGAAGGCUGCUGGCAGUGAGCCUCCCUCUGGGAAGGGGAAAGCAAAGAGCAAGGCAGGUGCACAGAAGAUACCCAAAGACUCAGCUGCUUCCUCCAAGAGUCUGGAACUGAAGGUGGCCUUCUCAAAGCUCACAGUGCAAGAAGAUGCAGCUGCUAGCCACAGGGAGCCUUCUCACAUCAGGAAAGCAAAAGCUGCCGACCUUCCGCCUCUGGAGCACGUGUUUGCAGAAGGACUGUACUUCACGUUGGCAGACAUCGUGCUUUUGCCCUGUGUUCACCACUUUUUGGUAAUUAUCUGCAAGAAAUUUUCAGAGAAGCUGCAAGAGUUUCCACUACUAACCUCUUGGUAUCAGAGGAUUCAGGAAGUGCCAAAAGUCAAAACAGCAGCUUCUAAGUGUGGGAUCUACUUUCUGAAUUUACCAGAGUUGCUGAAUUCUGCAAGGGAACAACCUGUGAAUCCUAAUGAAGAAGCCGCUGUAGAUGAGCAAAAUGACCCUUUAUUUAUAGGAGGACCAAGACCGACUAUGACCAAGUUGAUGGAAAAAGGCAUUGAAGCGAUGUUUUCUCCGCACCCUUGUCCUGCUUGGACCCUUGACUGGAGCAGUCUUCCUGCUGCUGUCAGCCCGAAGGAAGGUAAGAUGUCUACUGACCGAGCUCUGAGGAAACAGCAGCAGUUAAACAAUCUUGUCUACCUGGUGCUGAGUCAAGCCAAACCUGGGGACAGAAUUGUGGACUUCUGCAGUGGCGGGGGCCAUGUUGGAAUUGUUCUUGCCCACAUGCUGCCCUCAUGCCAGGUUAUAUUAAUAGAGAACAAGGAAUUAUCAUUAAUCCGUGCUAAGAAGAGAAGUGACGAACUUGGUUUAAGCAAUAUUUGGUUCAUUCAAGCAAAUAUGGAGUAUUUCACAGGAAUGUUUAACAUUGGGGUGGCCUUACACGCUUGUGGAGUGGCAACAGACAUGGUGAUCGAGCACUGCAUCCAAACACGGGCUUCCUUCAUCACAUGCCCCUGCUGUUACGGGUUCAUUCAGAACACAUCCAAGUUUAAUUUCCCAAAAAGUGAAAAAUUCAAGAAAACUUUAUCAUACAAGGAACACAUGCUCCUCUGCAGAUUUGCCGAUCAGACAGCUGUCCAGCUUCCACCCGAGAGGAGACUCAUAGGGAAACAGUGCAUGGGCCUGGUGGAUCUGGACAGAGCAACAGCAGCAGGAGAACACGGCUACUCUGUUCAAGUGAUCUCUAUGGAGCCAGAGAGCUGCUCUCCCAAAAACAACAUGAUUGUAGGUGUCCCCAUGUAGAAGGGCACUCACACAUGGUGCUCUGCCAUUGGCUCCAUGAGGAGAGCCCGGGGAGGUUCAGGGAGCUGUUGUUGUGUUCCUGGAAGCAGCACUGAGCAUGCUGGGCCUGCUGGGAAUUCUGCAGGAAGACCUUGGGAGAGGGAUGCUCUGCUGUGUGCGCAGAAGGAUAACAGGCUUCCAAGAGGGGAUUCCCCGAAGCCUUAGCCGCCAAAAGAGUCGUUCUCAGUGGCCAAGUUUCCCUCCGCAGAACCAUUUCCUCCCACUUCCCUGAUCAUGUCAGUGGAAUAUUCAACCCAGACUAUGACCUCACAGCCUUCACUUUAUAAUCUUUAGAUAUUCAUACUUGGUGACCAGAACUAAACUCAAGGUUGUGGUUUUUAUAGUUUUAACAAUGUAUCUUUUCUAUAGAUUUUUUAAAUUCUAGAAUGGUAAAUUUGGUGUUUUUUUUUUUAAUCUGACAUCGGUUGAUCUGCAUAUCAUGUACUAUCCUCCUUUUAAAUAUAUGUCCCAUAAAUUAACAAAUAAGUUUACUGCUUGUUCAAAGACUUCACCUAAAA